AUGGCGAAACACGCGUUCGUCGUCCAAAUCGCAGCAAUCACAACACUGCUCGUCCACUGCCAUGGUGUUAUUAUGAGAAAUAAUGUGCUCAUGAAUAAAAUGGUGUCACAUUUCCAGAAAGACUUCCAUUCUGAGGAACAUGACAACCGGCAACAAGAUCGAGAAGACCCACAUACUGAUAUAUAUCUAACGAACGAACAAAAAUCAGAGAAGGUGUUGUCAUUAAUGCAAAACGUGUUGUGCAGAAACUUUCCCUCGAUACCAUGCAAAAUCAUCACAGAAGAUGAAACGUUAAAAAAACUCAUUGGAAAAUCAAUAACACAAAUCAAGUACAAGACUUUAACCACAGACAGAACUACCGCAUAUCCAGGCUACUUAACACUAUUUCCAACGGUGAACAGCGAAGAUUUGUCAAAUUUUCUGCAAGUCCAAGACCGUCCUUACCACGAUAAAAUUAAGGAAGAAGAAAAAACAAAAAAGAAUAACAUAAACCAGUGGUCCCAAAGGAAGUCGCAAAAGAAAAGCAAGAAGAAUAAGAAAGAAACAAAGAGAACUGCCGUGUACACCGGCAGAAAGAAGAUACGCAAAUUUUAUCCGCACAAGAUAAAAUACAAAGAUAAGGUGGCGAAAAAUGGUAGAAAAGAAUUCGGGGACUAUUCUGAGGAGAAACUUUCUAUGUCGGUGGAGAUUCCUGAUAUGACUUUAACGAAGCAUCAUCAGCAUUUGAGCUAUAAAGUAGAGCCCGCUGACCCCCCAGUAUGGAGGAUAGACUAUAUGAAACACGGAGAGCCAAGCCUUAAUAUGUUAGGAUACGAAGACGAAAGACUGAAAGGGAAAAUAAUGAAAACCGGUCCCAGUGUUAUAGUAGAUGAAAAUAUUCUAGAACAAGGUGCCAGAAAGGACGUACUGCAUCCAGAUGUCUAUAUCAAAAAGAAUUUUAUAAGAAAACCAGGUACCGACAUGAUUAACAACUCUGAAAACAUGGACUAGAUUAGGUAUU